AUGUUUGUGCUAGUGGAAAUGACAGAUACUGUGCGAAUACCUCCAUGGCAAUUUGAAAGGAAGCUUAAUGAUGCAAUCACAGAAGAAUUAAACAAGAAGCUAGCAAAUAAGGUUGUAUAUAACGUUGGCCUCUGUAUUUGUCUGUAUGAUAUCACAAAGCUGGAAGAUUCCUAUAUAUUUCCAGGAGAUGGUGCGUCACACACAAAAGUGCAUUUUCGGUAUGUUGUAUUUCACCCUUUUCUGGAUGAAAUUCUGGUUGGAGAGAUAAAAGGCUGCAGUCUGGAAGGAGUCCGUGUUUCUCUUGGGUUUUUUGAUGACAUCAUCAUUCCUCCAGAAUCUCUACAGCAACCUGCCAAGUUUGAUGAAGCUGAGCAGGUGUGGGUCUGGGAAUAUGAGACUGAAGAAGGAGCCCAUGAUCUGUAUAUGGAUACAGGGGAGGAGAUCCGUUUCCGUGUGGUGGAUGAGACCUUCAUUGAUACAUCCCCAACAGGCCCAAGCUCUGCACAGCCUUCUACCUCUGGUGCUGCAGAUGAGGCCCAGAAGAAGGAGGCUCCCUAUACUCUUGUGGGAUCAAUCAGUGAACCUGGCCUAGGCCUCCUAUCCUGGUGGACAAACAGUUAACCAGUGGGAGAGACUAUUCUGAACCAUGGAACUUUGCAAACUGGAAAAGCCUACUUUAUCUUCUAUGGACAAUGGCAGUGAAAAGGCAACUUUGUUUUCUCACUUCUGCUUUGCAUCAGGUCCACAUCAAUCUGAGUGGGAGCAUCUAGUGUGAUAUCUGCACAGAAGAACAAUCUAUGAAGCUCUGACAGUGUACACUCAGAAGGUUCUGAUCCCUCUAAUAAGUGGGAUUGUGUAAAAGUUCUUAUGAAUUCAGCCUGGAAAAACAUUUAAAGCAGAUAAAUGAAAUCAUCCUCAAUGAGAGUUCUUGGAGGAGCGAAGUAUUUCAUACUGCUGCUUUUCAUUUCAUGAUGUGAUGGAAAUGGGGAGGAUGUUGUGAAAGCUAGCCCUUGCUUUGACUGCUUUUGUUCCAUUUCCCCCAUUAGAAUGGAGAUUCUUCCAUUAGCCAAGAGUGUCUGGGAAAGCAAUGAGCUGGCCCUUCACAAUUAACAAACCUUGGUGAGGAAGCCUCAGGCAGGAAUCUGGCCCACAAGUGGGCUGAAAUGUUGCCAAAAGGACCCUAAGCAAGUGCCCUUCCUAAUCCUACUGUUUUCUGGGAAAACACACACCUGCCAUCGUGUUUAGCUGUGAUAUUGCAUGGAUUUGGGUGGGUAAUAUUGUUUUCUGUAAACAAGACCUGAAAGCAACUAGAAGACUGAUCACUCAUCUAAAUGGAUCUUUCAUGCUAUUGCAUGACUGAUGAAAAAAUUCAGUUAUCUGCUGCUAGUUUUCAAUAUUAGGAGGCAGAUGUUUCUGCCUUAUGGCUGAGAGCUUUUCAGCCAUUGAAUGUGCGUGCAGAAGUUGACAGCGGGUGCUGAAACUCUUGUCUUCUGAACAGAAAAUAAUCACUUCCAAUUGGAGAAGCAGUGGUGUAGGAAUGAAGCCUGUAAGAGAUUGGGCACCUGGCAAAGG